CAAUAUUCCCAAUCGCUGUUUUCCCUCUCCGUCUCUCCAUAAUCCCCCGCUCAAAACACACACACGCACACCAACUAAUCAUAAUGGGCACCACCGCCAACGGUACCACAGCCGCCGCCGAUAAAGCCACAUCCACCAGCAAUGGCGGAGGCGUCCCCACGGUGGACAAAGGCGUAGAUUUCGCCAAUUAUUUCUGUACAUACGCCUUUCUUUAUCACCAAAAGGAGAUGCUUUCUGACCGUGUUCGUAUGGACGCUUAUUAUAACUCUGUUUUCAAAAAUAAACACCACUUCAUUGGCAAAACUGUUUUGGAUGUAGGAACAGGGAGUGGCAUUUUAGCAAUUUGGUCAGCUCAGGCUGGUGCAAAGAAAGUUUAUGCCGUGGAAGCUACUAAGAUGGCUGAGCAUGCACGUGAGCUUGUUAAAGCAAAUAAUUUGGAUGGUGUGGUUGAAGUGAUUGAGGGGUCAAUAGAAGAUAUAGUAUUGCCCGAGAAAGUUGAUGUAAUCAUCUCUGAGUGGAUGGGAUACUUUCUUCUCCGUGAAUCUAUGUUUGAUUCUGUAAUAUGUGCCCGUGACCGCUGGCUGAAACCAACUGGAGUUAUGUAUCCCAGUCAUGCUCGGAUGUGGUUGGCACCUAUCAGAUCAGGGUUAGCAGACCAUAAAAUGAGUGAUUAUGAAGGAUGUAUGGAUGAUUGGCAUGGUUUUGUGCAGGAAACUAGAACAUAUUAUGGUGUUGAUAUGAGUGUUUUGACCAAACCAUUUUCUGGAGAGCAGAAAAAGUACUACUUGCAGAAUUCGGUGUGGAACAACCUGCAUCCAAAUCAAGUUGUAGGAACACCUGCUAUCUUGAAGGAGAUUGAUUGUUUAACGGUUACUGUUGAAGACAUCCUCAAAGUUGAAGCUAGUGUUUCAUCAACAAUCACCAAGGAGGACACAAGACUAUGUGGGUUUGGUGGCUGGUUUGAUGUCCAUUUUAGUGGAAGGAAGGAGGAUCCUGCUGAGUGCGAGGUCGAGUUGACUACAGCUCCUAGCAUAGAUGAUGGCACACAUUGGGGCCAACAGGUCUUUCUCUUGCAUCCUCCUGUCCGCGUCAAUGAAAGCGACGAGAUCCUUCUUAAGUUUUCAAUGAGCCGCUCGGAGGAAAAUCACCGUUUGAUGAAUGUUGAUCUUGGGUACCAAAUUAAGUUGUCGUCUGGCAAGAUGCUUCCACCGAGCAUAAACAAGUUCUAUAUAGAAUGAGGCCAAACAAACGCACUAUUAUUAAUUUGUCGAAGGUACGUUAUGAGAGUAUAUCAAACCAGAACGGAAUUUUUUUCACGUUUUUGUCAUUGUGUUGUUAGCUUUUUGUGUAAUUUAUGUUGUACGGUAUCUGGUUUAUUCUUGAUCAUUUACUUUAUGUAAAACCCAGUUUUAAACCUUAAAUUAGAAGAAGAUUUACAGAA